CGUAGAAACUUGACAGCCCGCCUAGAGCAGUAGUGUAGAGAACUCAUAACUCAAUUUUUUUGUUGUAGCCGUGCAAUAAUGCGUCUUGCAGUUGCGUUGCCUGUCAUAGGCACUACCGCAUUGGCACUGGCCGUGGCCUGGCGUAAGCUCCAAGAUGCUCCUUUAUCAGUUGAUUAUGAGCAGAAGCUUCAGGUCCUACUUAAGCGGUACAAGGAGCAACUGUUGGCCAGCCCAAAGCGAUUAGCCGAGGUCGAAGCUGAGUUUAUUGCGCAAAUGCGCGAGGGACUGGCAUCUCGUACUACGGUGGACGGCAGGCGGAUGAUGAUGCUGCCGACGUUUGUAACGCGCUUGCCGGAUGGAACAGAAACGGGCGAAUGCUACGCGCUGGACCUGGGCGGCACCAACUUCCGCGUCAUGUACGUGCGCCUGGGUCCGGGGCGCGGCGAGAUGGCGGCCUGCGACGUGGAGGAGGUCACCCUGCCCCGCGAGAUCUACACCGGCCCGGGGGACAAGCUCUUCGACUUCCUCGCCUCCACCCUCAAAUCCUUCAUCGACCGCCACCAGGCCUCCGCCUCCACCUCUCAGCCUGGGGAUUCCUCCUCCUCCGAAACCGCAGUCACCGCCUCAGCCUCAGCCUCAUCAGCACCCCAGCGGCCGCUGCCGGUGGUCGGCUUCUGCUUCAGUUUCGCGGUGGAACAGUCGGGUCUGGCCUCGGGCAAGCUGCUGGGGUGGACCAAGGGCUUCAGCUGCCCGGGGGUGGUUGGCAACGACCCGGUGGCGCUGCUGGCUGCGGCGCUGUUUCGCGCGGGUCGGCCCUGCCGGGUGGCGGCGCUGCUGAACGACACGGUGGGGGUGCUGGCGGCGCAGCGGUACCUGGACAGCGACACGGAGGUGGGUGUCAUCAUCGGCACGGGCACCAACGCCUGCUACGUGGAGCAGCUGACGGCCCUCACCAAGUGGACCGCACCCCCCGGCGCGGCGGCGGGCGGCGACGGCCGCACCGCCGUCAACAUGGAGUGGGGCGCCUUCUUCUCGCCGCAGCUGCCCCGCUGCAUGGAGGACCUGCAGGUGGACGCCUCCUCGCCGCACCCGGGCAAGUACCUCUUUGAGAAGCUGCUGUCCGGUAUGUUCCUAGGGGAAGCCGCCAGGAGGAUCUUGUUCACGGUGGCGAAGGAGAUCCCGGGGCUGCUGGCGGCGUCGCCGGCGGCGACUGCGGCGGCGGCGGCGGCAGCAGCAGCCGAGGAUGAGGCGGCGGUGGGUGAGGAGGCCGCCGCGGUGGCGGCGGGCAUUCCCGGCCGCCUGGCGACCCCUGGGUCGCUCGGCAGCGCGGCGCUGUCAGCGAUUGUGGAGGAUCGUACUUGGGGGUUGCGUACGACGAGAAAGCUGUUGGCUUCGGAGCUCGGCGUGCAUGCGCCCAGCCGGCGGGCUGCGGAGGUGGCGAAGGAGGUGUGCACGCUGGUGGCUCGUCGCAGCGCGCAGCUGACGGCGAUGGCGCUCCUGGCCAUCCUCAGACACAACGGCUGGGCCAAGGCGGUGCCGCCGCGGCCUGUGACGGUUGCGUUUGACGGCGGCGUGUACGAGCGCUUCGGCGCGUACCGUACGAUGCUGUCGGAGGAGGUUUCGGAGCAGCUUGGGGAGGCGGCGGCGGAGCUGCGUCCGUACAUUCGGUUCGUGUUGAGUCACGACGGGUCGGCGCUGGGUGCUGCGGUGCUGGCGGCGGCGGCGGUGACGGGGGAGGAGGCGGCUGCGGCUGCCAAGGCGGCGGCUAACACUGCCUAGAAAGCUCAGUCGGGGUGUCACGCUCUUUGUGUUGCAUGGUGCUGCUGGCGGUGUUGGGAUAGGAGGAGGAGUGCAUUGUGAAGGGGGAUGUCAGGAAAACUUGCAUGCGUGGCUUUCGGCUUGAGGUCCGCGCUGGCUCGCUCUAUGCGGAAAUGGUUUGGAUUGGGAUGCGGGGUAGCGGGUUG